AUGAAACACAUUUUUUUAUUAUUUUUAUUAACUAUAACUUGUGCAUUAUCAACAACAGUUGAAUUUAAAGAUAAAACCCCAACAUUAAUUAAAAGAAAAAACAUAUUUGUUUGUACUACAGGUGUUGGAAUGACAUUUACUGGAAUUGUAAUUGGUGUUUUAGGUAAUAUAAAUAAUCCAAAAGAAUUGAUUGCAAGUAAGUUAAACAUAAAUCAUGAGAAGGAGAUCAAUUUGUCAAAUGAAGAUGUUGAAGAUUCUAACAAAAAACUUAUGAAAUCAAAGUUAGAUAAGGCUAGUAUUGUUGCUGGAUCUGGUAUUAGUUUUAUUGGUAGUCUUGCUUGUCAAGAGUUCUGUUAA